ACCAUUAGGAAUGCCUCCCAGUGCCUGGUUUCCUGAGGUAUCUGGCGUUAGACACGCGGCCUGGAGCAAUCUGAGCACAUCUCACCCGCAGCUCUGCAGGAAUCAGGAUGCAGGCCAAAUACAGCAGCACAAGAGACAUGCUCGAUGACGAUGACACCACCGUAAGCCUGUAUUCUGGAGCUUCCACAGUCACCAGACGGGCAGAGCCCAGGCACUCAGAGAAUGACACUCCCUCUUCAGUUUGGCGCCCUGUGGCCUUGACCCUGCUGACCUUGUGUUUGGUGCUGCUCAUUGGCCUGGCAGCCCUGGGCCUUGUGUUUUUUCAGUUCUACCAGCUCUCCAAUACCCAGCAAGACAGCAUCACUGAAAAGGAUGAAAGGCUGGGGAACAUAUCUCGACAACUGCAGUCCCUCCAGAUCCAGAACAGGAAACUCAUAGAAACCCUGCAGCAGGUAGCUGUGAAACUGUGUCGUGAACUCUACAACAGAAGUGGAGGACACAGAUGCAGUCCUUGCCCAGAAAAAUGGAAGUGGCAUGGGGACAAAUGUUACCAGUUCUAUAAAGAGAGUAAAAACUGGCAAGGCUGUGAAUACUUCUGCCUGGCUGAAAAUGCCACCAUGCUGAAGAUAAGCACACAGGAAGAGCUGGAUUUUGCCAUGCCUCAGAGCUACUCUGAGUUUUUCUACUCUUAUUGGACAGGGCUCUCCCGCAAUGGCAGUGGCAAAGCCUGGCUGUGGACAGAUGGGACAUCUUACUCCUUUGAACUGUUUGAAAUUAUAAUAGAUCCCACCAACCUAAGAAACAGGGACUGUAUGACCAUCUUCAAUGGAAAGGCUUACUCCAAGGACUGCAAAGAGCUGAGGAGGUGUGCCUGUGAGAAGAUGGCAGGGAGAGUGGUACCCGAGGUGCUCCAGUAGGU